AUGGAUAUCGACACUUCACACCCGCCGCAUGUGGACGAGGACCUCAUCGACUACGAAGAUGAUUUCGCCCACCAAGAGCAUCUAGUCGAGAACGUGCAGGAUUCAAAGCAGGAGCAGGUCGUCCCGGUGGUGUCUAGGGAAGGCGAGGAGAAUGACGGUGUCGACAUGACGCUAGGUGCCUCUGCUGAUAUCCAAGGCCAUGAGCUGGAGACAGACGCUCUGGAGACAACCAGUGACGAAGCUGGUGGUGACCUGCCAGUGGAACUGACGGCUGACGCAGCCGAGCACGUACAAGCAGACGAGGCAGAGAUGGCCGAGCAAGAAGCAGAGACUUCUGCUCAACAGCAGACGAAUGACCAGGACUACAUUAACGACCUCGAUUUUGGGUACGAGGAAGAAGGCCAGAACCAGAAGGGCCAGGAGCUAGACGUUACCGAGACUGAGGUAAAGACAGCCGAGAACGAAGGUGAUGAGGCACUCACCCAGCCCAUCGUGCAUGAAGAGGAUGAGAUUACGUGGGAGGACGAGUUGCAAGAGACGAACGAGGCCGUCCACUAUCAAGGAGGAGAUGAAAUCGAAGAGAGAGAUCAACGUGUCCAGGAACUCGCUCAGCCUGAAAAGCUUCCUCAGCCUGAAGAGCUUCCUCAGCCCGAAGAGCUUCCUCUGCCCGAAGAGCUUCCUCAGCCCGAAGAGCUUCCUCAGCCCGAAGAGCUGCCCCAGCCCGAAGAGCUUCCUCAACCCGAAGAGCUGCCCCAGCCUGACCAGGCUCCUCAGCCAGAUGAACCAGAACAAACCGAAGAGAUCGAACACACUGAAGGACAGGAGGAAGCCGUUGACUAUACUGCCGGUGCUGAGGAUACAUCACAGGAAUCUGGAGGCCCUGAAUUCCCACUCAUCACUGUCCAGUACAAUGGAGAGGAAUUUCCAUUGCUUUCGCGCACGUCAGAAGGCUUUUUUGACGAUGGCUCAAUUCUUGACGAGAACAUGGAGACCCUACUUGCUGGGUUCCGGGCUGAGCUUGGGGACGAGAUAUCGCCAAAUGAGGAACUGGUGUACCAGGUCGAUGAACUCGGACUUGAAUAUGCUGAGUCCUCUUCGCGCGACUCUCUUUCGCAAGUCACCCUCAACCAGAUCCUUGAGAUCUUGGAUCUCCUCGUCAAGAACCAGGACCCCGAUGAAUCCCGGGGAUUGUACACAUACUUGUUCACAAAGCCCAGCACUACCAGGCGGUUCGAGUUCCUCGUUGAGAGCGCAGCAGCUGGCAAGCGGCUCGCCGAUGUUACUCAUCAUUUCGGAUCCCCAAUGCCCCAGAGUGGUCACGGCGCGCAAGCCGUAGAUCCUUGGGACGAACUGGCCGGGUACGAAAGCAUGGGUGAUGGCAGCCCGGACGAGUCUGGCGAAAACGCUGGAGAGCAUCAAGAGGGAGAAGAGGCGGAAGACUACGAUGUCGAUGGUACCCUCGGCGAAGAAGAAGAAGAGGAGGAGGAGGAGAAAGAAGUCCAGGCUGCCGAGGACGUCGGCCAGGAAGCCCACGAGGAAGCCCGUGAGGAAAUCGCCCAUGACACGGUGCAAGACGAUGAGUUUGACCUGGGCGAGGACCUCUCAGGUGCUCACCCGGCCGAGGAUGACACAAAUGUCGGCAGUGCAGACACCAGCACAAGCAGCACGGUCCAGAACGACAACGCGGCGGAGGAUGCCCCCGACGCGGGUGAUGAGUUGGAGUUUAGCGAGCCUGUCGACGACGAAACCAUCGAAGAUGGGGCUGCCAACGGCGAUCCUGCCAACGAUGCCAACGGCCAUGAUGGUGGUGAAGAUGAGCUGGGGGAGAUUGACUGGCGUGACGAGGCGGAUGAUGGCGAUGACAACGCGUCAGAUGUCUCUGGGGGUGUAAACAAACGCUCACACGCCGACGAUGAUCUGGACACGGCAGACGGCAAAGGCAUGUUCUCUUCUCCUCAAGUGCUUUCCACCUUACCAGUGCUUUCUACCUCGGGAGUGUUCAUCGAGUACGAGUACAGCUGGCUAACUUUGAAGCAGAUGUCAAGCGUCAGCGGUCUUGAGCCGUCCGCCAUGUGUCCGGAGACGCUAACGUGA